AUGCCACCGAAAAAGACGGCUGCCGAGAAGAAGCAGACUGCUGAGAAGAAGGCCGCUGAGAGGAAGACCGCUAAGGAGAAGGCCGCUGAGGAGAAGGCCGCGAAGGAGAAGACAACUGAGGAAAACGCCAAAGUUAUCAAGAGAGCAGCGAGAACAAAGACGACCUACACGAAACAAGAAGUCGACGCCAGUGAGAAUCCCAAAGCGUUCUAUCAUAGAGGUUUCGGACAUUGGGCUCGCAAAGAAGAUCUUCCACCACCGCAGAAGACUAGGGCGCCGUCGAAGAAGACGCAGCCAGUCUCCUCCACUAGGACUACCAGAGGAAAUGCCGGCAAGGGAAAGGAAACAGAGAAGGCCGUCAGAUUCGAACAGCCUCCCGCUGUCUCUCCACCACCACGACGUAUCAACACGCCCCCGGCCAUCAGCACGGUAAAAGUCACCAUCCGAAAAGGCACGCAUGGAGUCGGUCUCCCCCUCGAAGCACGCCAACGCCUGCACUUCUACCGCCGGCAGGUCGAAAACAUCUACGAUCUGAUCCGACUCGAGGGACUAGGGGAGGCGACGGAGCCGCUCAUGGGAGCGCUUUGGACUGCGAUUCACGACGAAGAUCAGGGCUUCCAAUCGCUGGUGACGAGCGAUUUGGAGCCGGAUGGAGACUCCCCGUUUCCCUCGCCUGCGGAUCCGCGCGCGCCGAGUCCCAAGACGGCGACUCGUCCUCAGCCACCCGCGCCGCCGAAUUUUGAGAAGCAGGCCGCCAGUUCUUCGGGGAUGUCUGGCUCGAAGGAUGGGGGAGGUGGAUCCCGUACGAGGAGUAAGUCGCCCUCGCCGGCCGGUGGCGCCAAGGCCAAGAAGCGCAAGGCUGUCCAUCAGCCAGAGGAGGUGGAAGAUGAGGAGACUCCCGUCGAGGGCAAGGGCGAGGGACCUACGAGAAAGAAGUCCCCGAAGAGGGCGAAGGGGGAUCCUACCGAGUAA